GGAGGUGGAGCCGAACCUCAGAGGUCCUGAGAUAGUCACCAUGGGGGAAAGCAACACGCCUGCGGCUGAAGCCCCCUUCUCCUUCCGAUCGCUUUUCGGCCUUGACGAUUUGAAAAUAAGUCCGGCUGUGCCAGACGCAGAUGAAGUCGCUGCGCAGAUCCUGUCGCUGCUGCCGCUGAAGUUCUUCCCCAUCAUCGUCAUCGGGAUCAUCGCGUUGAUACUGGCACUGGCCAUCGGUCUGGGCAUCCACUUCGACUGCUCCGGGAAGUACAGGUGUCGUUCAUCUUUUAAGUGUAUCGAACUGACAGCUCGAUGCGACGGGGUCUCAGACUGCAGAGACGGGGAAGACGAGUACCGAUGCGUCCGGGUGAGCGGUCAGAGCGCCGUGCUCCAGGUGUUCGCAGCUGCUUCGUGGAGGACUGUGUGCUCCGAUGACUGGAAAGGUCACUACACGAAAGUUGCCUGCGCCCAGCUGGGUUUUCCAAGCUACGUCAGUUCAGAUAACCUCCGGGUGAGCUCGGUUGAGGAGCAGUUCCAGGAGGCCUUUGUGUCCAUCAAUCACCUCUUGCCAGAUGACAAGGUGACGGCCUUGCACCACGCCGUGUAUGUGAGGGAGGGAUGUGCCUCGGGUCACGUGGUUACCGUGAAGUGCACAGCCUGUGGUCUGAGAAUGGGCUACAGCUCGCGCAUCGUCGGCGGAAACACGUCCACGCUGGCGCAGUGGCCCUGGCAGGUCAGCCUCCAGUUCCAGGGCUACCACCUGUGCGGGGGCUCUGUCAUCGCCCCGCUGUGGGUCGUCACUGCUGCACACUGUGUUUACGACCUGUACCUCCCCAAGUUCUGGAGCAUCCAGGUGGGCCUCGUGUCCUUGCUGGACAGCCCGGCCCCCUCCCAUCUGGUGGAGAAGAUCGUCUACCACAGCAAGUACAAGCCGAAGAGGCUGGGCAACGACAUCGCCCUCAUGAAGCUGGCUGGGCCGCUCACGUUCGAUGAGAUGACCCAACCCGUCUGCCUGCCCAACUCGGAAGAGAGAUUUCCGGACGGGAAGGUGUGCUGGACGUCGGGAUGGGGUGCCACCGAAGAUGGAGCAGGUGACGCCUCCCCUGUCCUGAACCACGCGGCUGUCCCUCUGAUUUCCAACAAGAUCUGUAACCACAGGGAGGUGUACGGCGGCAUCAUCUCCCCGUCCAUGCUCUGUGCGGGCUACCUGAAGGGCGGUGUAGACAGCUGCCAGGGGGACAGCGGGGGGCCCCUGGUGUGUCAAGAGAGGAGGGUGUGGAAGUUGGUGGGAGCGACUAGCUUUGGCAUCGGCUGUGCCGAGGCGAACAAGCCUGGCGUCUACACCCGCAUCACCUCCUUCCUGGACUGGAUCCACGAGCAGAUGGAGAGGGACCUGAAAACUUGAACAGUGAGGGGACGAGCCGCCACCAUGUGUUCCUGCGGUGACGGAGACAGCCCGGCCCUCCCUGGCCCCCGCGUGGGAACGUGGACGUGAGCAGAUGGCCUCCGUGCUCUGCUUUCCGGCACCCUCAGCAGAGCCGAGAG